AUGCCAGAAAGAAGCAAAGAAGGGCAGCCCAAAAGGAAGAAGAAAACAUUCGUCCCAUUAUUAUUAUCCAUCGCGCAGGAAGUCAUCGUCACCGGCAGCUUCGACGACUGGGCGAGGAGCAUCAGGCUCGAGAGGACGGACGCCGGCUUUGAAAGGGAAGUCCUCCUCCCUGAGACCGACGAGACGAUCCUCUACAAGUUCCCCCUCUCUAUUAUUUCUCUGCCCUAUCUCUCGUCUCUGCCUCUUCCACUCUCUUCCUUUAGCUUCUUUUUUCCUCGUUUUGGUCCCCUCUCUGGUCCCUCCUGGUCCCUCUUCUCGGUGGCUGGCUCGAUCAUACGAACUUCUUCACAUCCCACCGUCCUUUUCACUCUUUUCUUCCCUCUCUCACUGCUUCAUAAACAACAACAUUGUACUGACGCUCUGCUCUGCAAGUUCAUCGUUGACGGACACUGGCGUACUGACCCUGCUGCGCUGCAAGAAGAGACAGACGAACACAACAACAUCAAUAGCGUUUUACUUCCAAGGCACAUCUCGCCAACUUCUUCCACAAACAUGGCAAACGGCAACAACAACAACAACAACAACAACAACAAUAACAACAACAACAACCGUUCGGCUCCCACAACAACAACAAUAUCGGGAGUCACACCCCAAUCAACCACUGCAGCACUGGCUGGUACUGUCCCCAAGGAGCCUAAUGUUCACCAGGCUACCAUCUCCUCCGCGGCUCCAUGCUCCUCUACUGCCCAGCUAGCCGGUCAAGUGCCCUUUGAGAAGCCACCGGGAACUUACCCAGAGAGUCCCAUCAAGGAUGAAGGCUACAAUGUUAACCCCCUACCGGCCACUGGCACCCUUGGAAACCCUGUCAAGCUUGCUCCGGGUGAGAAGGUGCCUGAUUCGGCCAAGAACGUCUCCUCCUCGGGCAUAGGCAGCAAUGUAACCCUCGAUAAGGGAAGCUACGAAAGGGGGGCUAGUGAUCCAGCUAUGGCGGCCAUGGCUGCUGCUGCUGCUGCAACAGGAGCAAGUGAUAAGAAUAAGAAGCAGGGUGACUGCGGUAAAGACAGCCAGCAGAAGGUCUCUGGUAAGGGUGACCAGCAGAGAUUCUCCGGCAGAGAUGAGCAGCAAAAAUACUCUGGCAGAGAUGAGCAGCAGAGAUCUUCUGGCAGAGAUGAGCAGCAAAGAUCUUCUGGCAGAGAUGAGCAGCAAAAAUACUCUGGCAGAGAUGAGCAACAGAGAUCCUCUGGCAGAGAUGAGCAACAGAAAUUCUCUGGCAAAGAUGAGCAGCAAAAAUACUCUGUGAGCCCUAUGCCUGCUACCGGAACCAUUGGAAACCCCACCAUGGUCUCCUCGGGCGAGAAGCAGUCAUGUUCGGCCAAAAAUGGCACCCCCAAGGGCCAAAGCAGCAAUGUCACUACCGACAAGCAGAGCUCUGAUAGGGGAGCCAGUGACCCAGCCAUGGCGGCUGCUGCCGCUGCAACCGGAGGAAACGGGAAGAAGAAACAGGGCGAGAACGGGAAUGGCCAGCAACAAUUCUCUGUUAACCCCUUGCCUGCUACCGGAACCGUUGGAAACCCUGUCAAGGUUGCUGCAGGUGAGAAACUGCCUGAACAAAGCACCAUCAGCUGCAACACCAUUGGCUCAAACGUCACUACCGACAAGAAGGGCUAUGACAAGGAUGCUAGUGACCCGGCCAUGGCUGCGAUGGCCGCCGCGGCAGCAGGAGGCAACAACAAGAAGACCGGAGGGAUUAACAAGAAGCAGACUAACACCAACGAUGACCAGCAACCAUACUCCGUUAGCCCCUUACCUGCCACCGGAACCGUUGGAAACCCCGUCAAGACUUCUCCAGGUGAACAGCUACCGAAGUCAGGCGACGUCACCUGCAACACCAUUGGCUCCAAAGUUACUACCGAUAAGGAAAGCUAUGACAAGGGUGCUAGUGACCCUGCCAUGGCUGCUAUGGCAGCUAAGCAGCACGACAAGAAGAACACUUUCUCGGCCCUCCCUGUUGAUGAGCCCAAGUCCAAGUCUGUAGGCCCUAACGAAAACCCUUCUAUCUCCUCUGCCGCUCCCCAGGCCACCACCGCCGGCCUAGCUGGUGGUGUGCCCCUGGAAAAGCCAGCUGGCUCUUCCAAGACUGCUCCUGCUGUCGGUGGCCAGCAGUAUGACCCUGAAGUCCCCGCCAAGGAGGUUCCUGAGCGUGUCAAGGAGUCUAUGAACAAGGCUCACGUUGACCCAGAGGCCGCUUGCCUUCCUGAGAUGGUCCAGGAGAAGAAAGACCUCGAGAAGGAACUUAAGGAAGUCUCGCCAGCCACGGGCAGCGGUCAGCCCGCUCCCACCACCUCAGCCGCCGCCACUUCUACUGCUCCAGCACCAACUUCUACCACCACAACCACCACCUCCUCCACUGCUCCAGCUGCUCCAGCACCCGCUACUACCACCACCUCCACCACCGAACCAACUUCGAAGCAAGAUUCUCUCCAGCCAGGAACCGGAACUGACACCGGAGACGUCUCACCCAAAUCUCAUACACCAGAGGUCCCAGCCGGAGGCGCUGUCUGUGAAAGCUCCGGGAACGAUGGACCCGUCACCAAAGGAACUACCGCCUCCCAAGUCCCCGAGGCGCCCAAGGAGACCCCGGAAGCCACCACCGGCCCUGUUACAACUGAAGUUCCCGCUACCUCAGGCGCUCCAGAGCAGAAGGCCCAAGAACAAAAGCCAAUUGAGCCUCGAACCACUGCCACCGUCACAGCAGGUGCAGACGCAGACACUUCAGCCCAGGAAGAUGCCGAAGCUGCCGCUGAUGAUAUGGACAGGAAGAAAAAGAACCGUAUCAGCGGCUUCUUGUACAGGCUCAAGGAGAAGUUUGUCUAG